AUGUUUCGCACUGUUGUUAGACGUGCUGCUCAGCAGACACGGUUGGAAUUUCCAUACGAUCCGAAUUUGAAUCCAUACCAGGCAAAACGGUUAUGGCCACCCGAUUUCACAAAAUUAUCACAAAAACAUCAAUUUCGACUUGAACGAAGAUACAAAAGAAGAUCGAAAUUAAAGUGGGCGAGGCCAGGGUGGACGAAAGGCGUGAAGGUUGCACAAUUUAGCUCCGUUAUAUUUGUGAUAGUGUAUGGAGUAUUAUUUGCGGAUUGGAACAGGGACAAUUUGGUUGAAGAAAGUGCACCAUUUCAAGGAAUUCGGGAAUGGUUCUUUGGACUGACGGGAUCAAUGUGGACAAAAGAUCAAGUUCACAAACGUGUAGACGAAAGUAAAGACGCAUCUCCUGUAGCGAAGACGAGUAAUUGA